UUGUGGUUUUCGCGGUCCUAAACAAAAGUUGGAUAUUAAAUAAAUAAAUAAACAACCAGGCUUCGAUUCUCUCGACGUUUUUUCAGAUAUUUCUAGAGUUUUUCUUUUUAUUAGUAAGGAUGAGGCGUUCUUUCUUCAUUUCCGCUUCAGUUUACUCUCUUCUUUCUUCACUUUCUUUUUUGAAUGAGAAAUUAGGGUUUUCUGUUUUGGUUUGAUUGAAUAGCGUACUUGAAAAUGGUUGAAGUUGGAAUGGAAGUCGACGUGGAGGUAGGGACGGCGGAGGAGACGAAGAAGAAGAAGGAGGAGGAGGAGGAAAACGAUGAAUCCUCAGAGGUUGUUCAAUGGGAAAAAUUCUUGCCUCAAAUGGUUCUCAGAGUGCUUUUAGUCGAAGCCGAUGAUUCCACUCGUCAGAUUAUUGCCGCUCUUCUUCGUAAAUGCAGUUACAGAGUAGUUGCGGCUGUUCCCGAUGGUUUAAUGGCGUGGGAGACUUUAAAGGAUCGACCUCAUAACAUUGAUCUUAUAUUGACUGAAGUAGAGUUGCCUUCAAUAUCUGGAUUCGCGCUUCUUACUUUGGUCAUGGAACAUGAUAUUUGCAAAAAUAUUCCUGUUAUAAUGAUGUCAUCGGAAGAUUCAUUUAGCAUGGUUCUGAAGUGCAUGUUGAAAGGUGCAGCUGACUUUCUUAUCAAGCCUGUUCGGAGGAAUGAGUUGAGGAAUCUUUGGCAGCAUGUUUGGAGACGACAUAUGCUAGCUGGUGGAUGUGCUCAUCAUAAUCUACCUGCAAAAGAGCAUAACGUUGAAGACACGGCUGAAAAUAAUGCUGCUGAAAACAACCAAUCCAGUGAUUAUGGAUCGUCUACACAGAAAAUCAAAGACGAAAGUGAUACCCAAGGUCUUUCGCAAUUGAAGUGUAUGAGUUCAAAUGUUAGCGAUACAGGCAGAGAGCAGCAGGGAAAUUUUGUCAAACCGGGUCAGGAGUCGCUUCAAAAUGAGGGUCAAGCUGAAGGGAUAUCUGACAAGCUAUUUGUAUCUGAAAAUUCAAAGAGAUUUGUGGAGGUUGCUCAUUGCAGUGGCACUUGUGAAUCAAUUGCAUCAAAACUCGAAGAGAACUCUGCAUUCGUUGACGAGAUGGCACAUAAUGUUGUUGGACUACAAAGUGAUAAAAGAAUUGCAUAUGUUAUGAUUGGAGUUGGCUGCAAUGACGAAUUAAGGGAAUCAUCCACUGGAGCUAUUGAUUUAAUUGAUUCAUUUGAUAAACAGCCUAUGGGCACCUUUGCAAUUUCUAGCUUAAGUGAUGGUGCAAACAAGUUAGAAUUUUCUCCACAGUUGGAGCUUUCUUUAAGAAGACCUUGUUCAAGGAGCGCAAAGAGUCAAGGUACCAAUGAAAAGCAUAUACUAAACCAUUCUGAUGCGUCGCCUUUUUCAUGGUAUAACAAUAGGAAGUCAUUACUGCCUAUUUUCCUUACACUAGAUGGCAACCGCGAAGAGGGUAACAGCAACCCCAGACAAGACCUAGAAAGUAACAACGGGAUGAGGAUGGAUGACGUGCAUGCUGGAUGUAAUGAUGUUUCCCCACACUUUUAUCAUGCAAAAUCAAGUUUACCCCCUGCAUGUGGUCCAAAACAAGUUGGAAAGCAAGAAUAUUCUCCCCUUCCUGUGAGCACCUUAGUGCAUUCAGACCCUGAUGUUGAUGACUCAGAACAGUGUUACGGCUGGUGUGAUGAAGCUACCAAUUCUUCUAAUGAUCAAACUCUUCAAGGGCAGAACAAGCAGGAGCCUAUUGAGGAAUUAAGGUGCAGUUCUCUUAUAGAUUAUCAGAGUGCUUGCAGUCGUUUAUGUAAUGAUGUCGAAAAUCAUGAAAAGAGCUGCACACAUGGAGCUGUUCCAAGUUGGAGCAAUGCAAGUUCUGUUGUUACUCUUGCUGCAGCAAUUGAUAAGGGCACAACCAUGGAGACUUUCAAUAAUAGCAAUUGUUUUAUUCAUGAUGGAUUAAAAGGGAUGGAUACGCACCGCUCCAGCCAAAGAGAAGCUGCUUUGAUGAAGUUCCGACUUAAGCGGAAAGAUCGAUGCUUUGAGAAAAAGGUUCGAUAUCAGAACCGGAAGCGACUGGCAGAGCAGCGACCCCGAGUGAAAGGGCAGUUUAUCCGUCAAGUGCAACAUGGCACCCCUCUAGAUAAUGGUGAUAGCCAUAAAAUAUGAAGACACAAUCUUGUGUUCCCUCUUGGAAAGGAGCUUAUUUCUUGUUGAAAUCUUGCAUCAUAUUUUCAGUUGCAAGCAUCUUCUCGGAAGAAAAAAAGGACCAUGUGAUAGCGGAAAUAUCUUGCAACUCCUUGAGUAUUUUGCUAUGGAUGAUGAAUGUAGUUAUUUUGCAUCCAACUCAAAUAGGCAACACUUUUAGUAAGUAGUGAUUAGUGAGGUAGCGCCGUGCUUUUUCCGGGUAUUAAUAUCAUAUGUGUGAGUGAAUGCACAUCGGAAACUUAUUGUAAUUAGGCAGGUUAGUUGUAUUGUAUAUAGACUGUAAUUUGCUUUAAUAUAUGGGUUAAACACGUCUUUGAAUA